AAGCAGAGGAAGGUCAGAAAAUCAUAUUUCGCCGCUUCAAAGUCUUCGAUCCGAUCUGCGAUUUAUCCUUUAUUUUGUUUGGAGAACAGAGACGACGACGACGACGAUGUCUUCGACUUUCACCGGCGAUGAAACGGCGCCAUUCUUUGGCUUCCUUGGCGCCGCCGCUGCCUUAGUCUUCUCAUGUAUGGGAGCAGCAUACGGAACGGCGAAGAGCGGCGUUGGAGUCGCAUCGAUGGGAGUGAUGAGGCCUGAGCUUGUUAUGAAGUCAAUUGUUCCUGUUGUUAUGGCUGGAGUUUUAGGUAUCUAUGGAUUGAUUAUUGCUGUUAUUAUUAGCACUGGAAUUAAUCCUAAGGCUAAGCCUUAUUACCUUUUCGAUGGAUACGCUCAUUUGUCUUCUGGUCUCGCUUGUGGCCUUGCUGGCCUUGCUGCCGGUAUGGCAAUUGGUAUCGUUGGUGAUGCUGGUGUCAGAGCUAACGCCCAGCAGCCGAAGCUUUUUGUUGGGAUGAUCCUUAUUCUCAUCUUUGCGGAAGCUCUUGCUCUUUAUGGUCUUAUUGUUGGCAUCAUUCUUUCUUCUCGAGCUGGACAAUCUAGAGCCGAAUAAGAUGGGAAAAUAUCUUCAUUGUUGUUGGAAUUUUUUAUGUUGCGAUAAUUCUAUAGAACAUGGGCAUUAUUCUGAUGGGGUUGGUCGACGGGGAGUUCAUUUCCGAAAGAAUAAAUAUUUAUUUCUUAUUAUAAGUGCUUAUUUUUCUCUAUAAUUUAUGUAUGAAGUUCAUCUUUUGGCCAAUUCUGAACCCUACUUCUAUUUAUUUCUUUCAAUAUAUAUCUUGAAUCAACUUAUUCUUCUUUUC